GGGGAAGGGGGGCGUUUGCCAGCAAAGCGUGCGGCGGGGAGAAAGUCGGAGCUGCGGAGUGUCGGGAUGUGUGAUGUCAACUGAGAUGAUGCCAGAACCGUCUCCGUGCAUAAGGAGAAGGGAGAGGAGGCUGCACAGCAAGGGGAAAUUUCCAAGAAAAGAGGGAUCUGCUGCAAUCUCUGCAUCUCGGGCGAUGGGCACAGGAACCAACAGGCGCCCGUGGCCCGGGGCCGCCUGAAACCUGCGCCCAGGGGAUUGGAGCCGCGGGGUUAUUUUCCACCUGCCUCCCCUCUCCGGUUCUGUAAUCCUGGCUCAAAGUAGACAAGUCGAGUUGGAGCUGAAGAAGGGAGGCGAUGCCACACCUCCCGAGGACACUGGGGACAUCGGGUUUUGCUGAGCUUAGCAGCUUCUCGCCGUCGGACCAAAGGCAUCAGCCAGACGCUCAUCUGCCCUGAAGUGCAGAUCUGCAACCGCCACCAAGAAGACUCUGUCUCUCUGUCUCUCUGUCUCUCUCUCUCUCUCCAGUCCAAACCAUUACAAGACCCGACUUCCACCAUCUGGGAAUCUCACCCCUUUUAUGUCCCUUCUCCUUUUUCUACGAUGACUCACCAUUAUUUUUAACUUUGAAGCAAGAGGAAAUUAUGGGGAUCUUGGAAGCCCGUGUUUCUCUCUAGGAUUUUCCCCAGGGGUCAGAUAAUCGGUGUUACUAAGAGACACUAAGAUUUGGCUUCUCCAGGUAAUGUGCUUUUGUUUUCUGUGUGCCAUGGCGGUUUGCAGAGAAUGGCAGGAGCCGGGACCCCGGCGCUCGAGGAGGGGACUGCGGUGAUUCGGGGGGCCCGGGGCAGCGCGGAGCUGCAGGCAGGGAGCGCGGCAUGUGCUUUGUGGCCAGCGGCUGGAAAUGAGGAGGGUACAUGGCCUGGGAUUUGCACGGUUAAUUAUUAACCCCUUGCUGCAUGCCUGGAAAUGAGCCGAGCCUGGUUUGCUACCCCCAGCACCCGCGAGGUCCCCUCCCCACUUCAGGGCUGGAUGGGGUUAUUUUUCUUCCCUCCUUUCUCUUCCCUUUCCCCCACCGACUUUUUAUUUUUAAUUUGAAUUUUUAUUUUUAGGAAAAAGAAAAAGUUCUGCUUUGCUAGUGCCGGUUUUUGCCAGGCUGGGUUUGAAUAGGUGACGGUUCCUCAGGUGUUUUCUCUCUUCCCUCUAAUGGGUUUAGACCGGAGUUCUUGAACUCUGUCCCGAAGUCGCCAGAUUAACCCCCCGAGGAAGGGGAUAGACGAGCUGGUGAAGGGAGCUGCUCUCCUCCCCCAACUUUAUGUCCUCUCUCUCUUUCUCAGCAGGGGCGAUUUUCUUUCCUUUUUUAUUUUUUUUCCUUUCUUUAUUUUUUUAAAUUUAUUUUCUCUCUUUUUUUUUUCCUUUUUCCUUAACUACCAUCCCUUCGCCUUUUCAUGAGACUCUUCCAAAGCUCCGCACCUGUCCUUCCGCAGGAUAGUAGCCCUGCCCUGAACCCGCUCCCACCACCGGGCAGAGUUUAGCAUAAGGAUUUCGGUUUCCAACCCCAAUAUGACAGUUGCUACCGGAGAUCCUGCAGAUGAAGCUGCAGCUCUUCCCGGUCACCCGCAGGACACGUACAACCCCGAGACCGACCACGAGUGCUGCGAGAGGGUGGUCAUUAACAUCUCGGGGCUGCGUUUCGAGACACAGCUCAAGACGUUAGCCCAGUUUCCAGAGACCUUACUGGGGGAUCCUAAAAAGAGAAUGCGAUAUUUCGACCCGCUCCGGAAUGAGUAUUUCUUUGACCGGAACAGACCCAGUUUCGAUGCGAUUUUGUACUAUUACCAGUCCGGUGGGAGGUUGCGGAGGCCAGUUAACGUGCCCUUAGACAUCUUCUCGGAAGAGAUUCGUUUCUAUGAACUGGGGGAAGAGGCGAUGGAGAUGUUUCGGGAGGAUGAAGGCUACAUCAAAGAAGAGGAGAGACCGCUGCCUGAGAACGAGUUCCAGAGACAAGUCUGGUUGCUCUUUGAGUACCCCGAGAGCUCGGGCCCUGCCAGGAUUAUAGCUAUUGUCUCCGUCAUGGUGAUUUUAAUCUCCAUCGUCAGUUUCUGCCUGGAAACAUUGCCCAUUUUUCGGGAUGAGAACGAAGACAUGCACGGCAGCGGGCUGAGCCACCCCCCCUACUCCAACAGCAGCAUGGGGUACCAGCAAUCCACCUCCUUCACAGACCCCUUCUUCAUCGUGGAGACCCUUUGCAUCAUCUGGUUCUCCUUCGAGUUCUUGGUGAGGUUUUUCGCCUGCCCCAGCAAGGCUGGGUUUUUUACCAACAUCAUGAACAUCAUAGACAUCGUAGCCAUCAUUCCCUAUUUCAUCACCUUAGGGACAGAGCUGGCCGAGAAGCCGGAGGACGGUCAGCAGGGCCAGCAAGCCAUGUCCUUGGCCAUCCUCCGAGUCAUCCGCUUGGUGCGGGUCUUCAGGAUCUUCAAGCUGUCCCGGCACUCCAAGGGGCUGCAGAUCCUGGGCCAGACUCUCAAGGCCAGCAUGCGGGAGCUUGGCCUCUUGAUAUUUUUCCUCUUCAUCGGCGUCAUCCUCUUCUCCAGCGCCGUCUACUUCGCCGAGGCCGACGAGAGCGAGUCCCAGUUCCCGAGCAUCCCCGAUGCCUUCUGGUGGGCCGUGGUUUCCAUGACGACUGUUGGCUACGGAGACAUGGUCCCCACCACCAUCGGGGGGAAAAUCGUGGGUUCCUUGUGUGCCAUCGCUGGCGUAUUAACGAUUGCCUUACCGGUGCCCGUCAUAGUGUCUAACUUCAAUUACUUCUACCACCGGGAGACGGAGGGAGAGGAGCAGGCUCAAUAUUUGCAAGUAACCAGCUGCCCAAAGAUCCCCUCUUCCCCUGACCUAAAGAAAAGCAGAAGUGCCUCUACUAUUAGUAAGUCUGAUUAUAUGGAGAUUCAGGAAGGCGUAAACAAUAGCAAUGAGGAUUUUAGGGAGGAGAACUUGAAGACAGCCAAUUGCACGCUAGCUAACACAAACUAUGUGAAUAUCACCAAAAUGCUAACCGAUGUCUAGUCGCUAAAAUCUAAUACCGUAUUUAAAGCUGAAGUGGAACAACUGCAGAUAUUGAGUGCUGCUCUGCAUUGUAGUUAAUACAGUAUUUUCUACGGUGUAUAUUUGGUUCUGCAUGGGAAGCAAUAGCCGUGUAAGUGACUUUUAACCUUUGAUUUCCACACUGAAUAAGCGUUUGUGCAAAAAAAAUAAGAAAAAGGAAAAAAAAAAAAAGAAAGCAAACACAACCAACAAAAAGCAACAACCAUUUUGUUCCCCUUCUCCCAUCCCAGGCUUGUGGGUUUCCAAAGACACGGAGAAAUUGGGCAUUUCGAGCAACGGGAUGGGAAUGCAGAGGGGGCAGCUCCGGGGUCCCACAGGCACCGGUCCUUGUCCCCUGGGGUGACAAAGCAGCUCCCAGGCGUGGGGACCGGCCGGGCAGGGUCAGGCAGAGCUUUAGGGAAGGGAAGAUGUGUCCCAAAGGCUGGGAGGCUCAGGUUUGCGCCCCGGGAGCGCCGAGCGCAUCGCCCAGGCUCGUGUUUCAUAACGGCGAGUGCUGCAUGCUGCAAUAGUUUCAGCCACUGCAGUGUGCCAGUGUGAGGCCCAGGGGAGGGAUCGUUAGCGUGACGGCACAUUAUUUGUUAAGUCUUAAAUUUUCUAUGCUAGGCAUCGGGAGGGACGAGUAAAUAAAUCAAGCACUUAGAUGUCAUUUAUUUAUUUAGAUGACACCUCCAUCACCAGUAUUUCCAGGAUCACCAAAGACACCUCCACUGACACAUUGAAAAUGAGUUGGGAAAAGCAUCUUUUUUUACAUCUAUAUAUCAAACUGGAGCAACUAUGCUGUGGCCUAUAAUAUAUUUAUACUGCAGUGAAAUGUAACCAGUAAUACAGUACAGCUGCAUGGAUAUUCGUUGCAUGAAUCUGAAUAUUUAAUACACACACAAAUAUAUAUUUUCUUAGUAGACUAUACAGUAUUCAUGUUUAUAGUGUUUAUAGAUUCUCCGGUGGCUCGAAGGAGAUUCAGGCAACUUAAAAAACUCUCCGUUGUGUUUAAAACCUGGAUGGGGAAGGCGUGUGCUGACACUGGUUUGAUAGAUAACAAGGCAGAGCCUGAGUGUCGGAGCAUCCAGACGCAAGAGCUGACUGACACGAGUGAGGGAAGGUGAGCUGAAAGUUAAACACCUGCACUCAUUAUGGGCCGAGUAAUUAGUCAUUAAUCUGGGUGUCAGGAGCAGGAACCACGGUGGAUCAGAGAGGGCGGGAGGAGCAGGUGGAAUAGCAGGUAUGGGCUCUCCUGACGUGUCUGGUCAGCAGUUUUCAGCCGUUUCCCAUACAAUUAUCGUGUGUGUGUGUAUAUAGAUAUUUAGAGAACGACUACAGGGCCGAAACCUCAGCAGAUGUGAACGCUCCGGGGUGUCAGGAUGGUGGGACACAGGCUGGAGCAGGACGACCUGCCCUGUGGCACCCGUGGCACCACCAGGGCAGGGCGCGUUCGGGGCUGGAAAGCUCCUUUUCAACCACAUAGAGCCUGAGAGCUGGCGGGUCAUUCCUUUCUGGUGGAGAGGGGGCUGGGCUGGGUCUGAACUGGUGCCUCUGAGCCUUUGCUUUGCCUUUUUCCAGGGAUUUUUGGAGGGCUGAGCCGAGGUGCAGUGACCCUGAGGCUGUCCCUGCUGCUUGCCCAUCCCGAGAGUUGUUUGCGGAUAAGCAGGAGCCGUCGGUCCAGGGGGGUCUCACCUGCUUCCCCCACCCCCGCGUGGGUUUCCUUGUGUUUCCCCCAUUGCCACCCCUCCCUGGGGACGGGUGUCCCGCUCCUCUGCCAGCGCAGGGGACGGGGAUGGAAACCCGUGCUGAGGUUGUGGUGCAGGAUGGGGUUCAGCAGCCCCUUGAGUUGGGGUGAAUUUGGGCUGAGCUGGGGCACGGUCGGUGCCGUAUAGUGAAGUGUGGGUGUGAGGCGGGAACCCCAUUGCAGAGCAUGUGUGCGAGGUCCAUCAGGCCCUUCCUGAGCUCACCAGAGAGGAAAACCAUUCUAAUAACAAUAAAACAAACGGUGCUAGCGUAUUCUACAGCAAUGGUUCAAAAUGCUGCUUUCGGGCCGGAUCCAUCUCUCGUGCUGAUGUGGCUGCACUCAGCCAGGUGGAAUCACUCCUUGUUUUUACUGGAUUGAUUGAUUGAUUCAGGCCUGGCUAUAAUUAAUACCAAGUGUCCAUAAUUAGUGCAUGAGAGUCCUGGCUUCUGCUUGGCGUAGAGGACCUGCAGCAUCGAUGUGUUGGGUCUCAAAGGUGCUCAGCAUCAUGCAGCAUGGGACCCUUGGCCUGUCUUUAAUUACAUCUUGUUAUAUUAUGAGCCCCUUACUCCCUCUCUGCAGCUCUGAAACGGGAGCCCCGAAGCCCGUUAACAUUGUAAAAGACACAUAAAAAGAAGCAACACAACCAAAAGCAAUAAAUCUCUGCUUCUGAAGCUCAUCCCGUCGGCUGGGAUGGGGCUGGUGCAGUGCCCAGCACGGGCAGGAUUCCCAGGGCGGUUUUCCAGCUUCCAUCAAUCCGGCUCUUGGUGGGUCCGUGGGGAUGUGAGUUUGCGUGGGGAUGCUGCCCACCCACCCAUGGGUGCUCCUGGCACCCUGUGAUCCCAUCCCUGCGUGCGGGAAAGCGCGGGGGCCGAGCCCAGGCUGCCACGGGGCUCAGGGAGGGUGCGGUGGCUCAACCAGCCUUUGCAAAGUGCCCGGGUUUGUUUAAUGGCUUUGGGUGAUUUCUGGAGAGCCUGUGCCAAAGCGCUGGGUGCAUCUUGGGAGCACGAGUGCUGCCAUGGCUUGGUGAGGAGGAUGAUUGCAUUUUUGGGGGGAUGUAUUGUUUUGGGCACAGUGUCCCCGUGGGCUUUCUGAGGUCAGACAGCAGGGGAGAGAAGGUGCACAAGCAGGAUCAGGCACAUCCAAACCCCUGCACCAAACUGGGGGUCCCGGCUUCCUUGGGAAGCCCCAGAGUCACAUUGUGAGGACAAACAGGGCUGAAGAGCAAGAGGCCAUGUUCCUCCUGUUGUCACCAAUGCGUGCUGGCACCUGCCCCCAUGGCAGGAACCAGCACGGCCGGUCCCUUCCUUAGGACGGACCUUGCGCCUCUUGCUCUGAUGUUCCUGGUCUAAACAAACCCUGGUGGGGCUUCGCUCCACGCUGCACUUGGCACCAUGGUUGGGAGAUGGGGAACGCACCCGGGUAAGCGCUCGGGCAUUUGGUUUGGGGUAAAGUCAAAGAUCCGCAGGGGCUGCGCUGGACACGACCCGUCGGGCUGCACCAAGCACAAGGGUCCAGGUUUCUCCCCCACGCAGAGAGCUGGUUCCCCUCUAGCUUUUAAUGGGAUUUGUGCCUGCAGGUCGGAGCUCUAGUGCUAUUUCUAGCUUUGCUUCUGACUCACUGAUAUGAUCUUGAACCAGUUUUUCAGGAGGAGACUGUGAUUUUCUUCUGCUUGUGUUUUUUUUUCUUUCUUGAGGAAUUUGGUUUGAGAGACUCUGGGCCUAUUUCUGUGGAGAUGCUGAGCACCCAAAACUCCCCUUGACUCUGAAAAGGUGCAAAAAUGAGCUGCAAAGUGGCUCAGAUGCUAAAUCAGGGACCAGGGAGGGGGAAAGUCCCACUGUCUAUGUUAGAUUCUGUCGGACCACCUCAUAUAGGUGAUGUGGCUCCUUUCCUCCUCCCGUGGAGGUGUUUGUGUCUCCUGGGCUGGGAUGGAGGUCUGGAGGUGCCCCUGGGUUGGCACCCAGAGAAGACGACACCCCUAUUUUGGUUUCAUCCUUUGUGCCGUGGCUGUGGGGAGAUGGAGAAUGGUGAUUACAGUGUGGGUUGUCUUCUAACACCCAACCGCACGCCCAAACCUGCAAACACCCCGUCAGCCCUUCAGUAUCUUCCAAAAUCCCUGCAAAGGGCCGUGGGGUGAGGUUGGACACCACCAAGCGAUUGGGGCUGCUAGGAAAAUGUAUCUGUAUGGGGCAAUGUGUUUGAUUGGGAAGGCUCAUCUCUGCAGUGAUGUUUGGUGCAGAAGUCCUACAGAUUUGAACACUGAGCUAUACAAAGAAAAGAAUCUCUAGGUUGGUGUUAUGAGAGUGCAGCACGUGGGUGUAUAAAUAUGGGCAUAUUUGUGCAUAAAUACACAGAAGGAGAGAAAAAGACAGAGGAGGAGGAGGUAUUUCAGGAAGGGCCUUGCUUUGUUAUCAGAUAAUUCCUGGUCAGCCCUUGAAAUUGCUGCCAAAGUCUUCUUGUAGCUUUUCCAGAGCUUGCAAUACACUUGGGGAUGGGCCCAAAUGAAGGAGGAGAUCAGGAUCUGGCCUUGGAAGUGGGGGGACCCUGAGGGGUGGGGUCACGUUCCCCGUGCAUCCCUCUGCAAACCAGCAGCUUUGCAGCAUCUCUGCUCUGGACCCCGAAUCCCCAGAUUGGGGCCGUCAUUAUAAUUUCUGUAACUUUGGAGGGAAAACCAAGCAGAAGGUGGCUGAACACUGACCCGGGUCACCCAGAGAGGUGGUGGAUGAACCAUCCCUGGAGACAUCCCAGGCCAGGCUGGACGGGGCUCUGAGCAACCUGAGCUGGUGAAGAUGUCCCUGCUCAUGGCAGGGGGGGCUCUGGGGGAGCUGGGAAGGUCCCUUCACCCCAAACCAGCUGUGAUUCUAAGUCGAAGGGAUCUGUUUGCGAUGCAAAUGCUGUGCUGCGCUGGCUGGGUUAUUUCUUUGAAUGGAUGGGUUUUAAGUCCCUCAGACUGUGCUGGUGUUGGGUCCCAGGGUGCUGGCAAGAACCUCAUCUGGGUGUUCCUGCUCCAUGGGGGGAUUGCACUGGAUGAGAUUUUGAGGUCCCUCCCAACCCCUGACACUCUGUGAUUCUGUGAUUUUGGAGCUGGGGUGGGUUUACCUUGGGCUCUACAUCCAUGGGGGGUCUCAGGGCUUUCUUCUGUCAGUGGGAGCUGGGGGUGAAGGGGCUGAGGAGAGGAGGAGUCAGCCCCAAACCAUUCUGGUUUGCACCCAAAAAAAAAGGCUGUGGCUCCCUCCUCAUACCCCUGGCAGCAUUCAACCUCCUCUGUGUCCAGCACAUCCCUCGGUCCCUCCCAUUGGGGACCCGCUGCUGCCCCCCACCAGGAGCCCCAAGGGGGCACAAGGUGCCCCCCAUACACCAGCCAAAGCUCUGCCCUUCCCCAACCCCGUGGGGCCCCCGUGGCCGUGGUUUCCCUGUGAUGUUACUGCAUUUGGGUGCCCGAAUUCCACCCCCCCUUCUCAGAAACGGGUGCUGGUCUUUUGGGGUUUGAUUGGGAUUUUUUGUUAGUUUUGAUUUUUUUUUUUUAAUUGUUAUUUUUUCUGCUACCUAUAAGACUGUAAAUAUCCGUCUGCACUUGCUCCCUCAUUGCUCGAGACCGUGCUCUUGUCCUCCAAUGUCAUAUAUUGAAGCACAAGGGGAAAAAAACAAGUGGGUAUUGGAUCAGCCCCGUGUGCGGUGCCUAAUUUGAGCAAAUCGAUAGAAAGAGGAAAUCCAAGAAGGACUCAUCCCAAGGAUGCUGGAGCUGAACCUUUUGUUUCCAUGGUUACGGGAGAAAUGGGCCCGGGAAUAGAGAGAGGCCGAGAAACUGUUCCAGGAGAACUCGUGGGAAUUUCAAGUCAUUUAACCAUGCGUUUGCUAGACAAAACUUUAGACACCAGCUGUAUCUGAAUUGCACAGUGUGUAUAGACGUUACUGCUCUUAUUGACCGUGCGAGGGUGUCCGGGGGGGUCGGGUGGUUCGACGGGCUGCGAGGCGCCCGAGUCAAUAAGGCUGACCGUUGUAUAUAGGUAUAUACAGAUCUGUGUACAUACAUAUUCCAAAUGAGCAUUUGCUGUCUGGUUUAUCAUGAGUAUAUAUAAUUUAUUCUUCACAGAGUACCACCAUUUUUGUAAAUAUCGGCACUAAUGAAGAGAAAAUAAAUAUGUAUAUUAUUGAGGA